AGAACUGCACUCAAUAUGGCUUCACCAGCCAGUUCGGACGAGGGCGAGAUUCGGGAUGGGAAUGUAGAGAAGGCAACUACGUCGCUGCCAAUGUACGAUGGCACUUCCGUUGACCGUCCAGACAGAAACCGCUCUAGCAAUUCCAAAUCGAUGUCACCGGAGCAUGGUGGUAGAUUCAGAGAUAGGAGAUCCCGCGACAGAAGUCGGUCACCUUAUUCUGAUCGACAACUCCGAGGCUCGAAGAGAGCAAGAGAGGAGGAGUACACUGAUCGAUCUCGAGACCCGCGAAGAUUCAAGGUUCACUACGAAGACGCCCCGCAAGAUUACAAAUACCGCUCACGAGUUUUGUAUGAAGACCUAGAUCGUGGACCUGCAUCUUCUUCCGACCUUCGAUAUGAUGAUCGAGAUAGAUAUGCCGAGAAAAGACCACGAACCCGGAGCAGGUCACCGUACCGAUCAGAUCGUGGAGGAGACCGUCACGGACGAGGGGGACAGUCAAGAAGAGAUGAUCGACAUAGUCGUGGAAAUGAAGACCGCAGACCCAAUUCUUACGGAAAUGGGGACUACAGUCGGGAGAGAACGGACCUGUCAGUGAGCAAAGGGGGACCAAGCCCGCUGCCAGCUGAUAAUUCAAGACGAGAGGCUAAAACUACGCAAGGAUAUUCACAGCAUCAUAAUGACCAAUCUAAUAAGAACAUUGAGUUUGAAAAGAUGAACGACACUUCCAACACGCCUUCUGUGGGAGCUCCAGCAGAGGAGCCACUUGAUGAAGCAGCUCUGAUUGAGCAACGCCGGAAGCGUCGUGAAGCUAUCAAAGCUAAGUAUAGAGGUUCUGCCACGCCCUUGCUUGUGCAGGCCUUGCAACUCGGAGACAAGUCAGGAGAUUCGACACCCGGCCAGCAAGAUGACAAUACGCCAUCUGCUCGAUCCACCUCCCCCAACAUCUCGACUCCAGCUACUCCAGUUGAAUCCCAAGAUCCUGCAUCGCCCUCUGCUUUCUUGAUCACAAAUGACCAAGACCUCGCAAAUACCAAUGGAGAUACCACCCCAGGUGACGAAAUGGAUGGCCCGUCAGCCGCAGACUACGACCCAACAGGAGAUAUGCGAGAAGACAGACAACGAAAUGACCUCAGACACAAUGACGACGUCUCUUCUGGAGCCUACGACGAGACCCUGCCAACCACUGAACAAGACGUAUUGCUUCCAACCGAAUCAGCCAAAGACGAGGACAAGCCAAAGAAGUCCAAGGACGAUUUUGACAUGUUUGCGGAAGACGAUGAUGACAUGUUUGCAGAAGAUCCGAUUCCCAAUGGCAAGCCAGCUUCCUCAGAUGAUAUCGCUAAAGCAGUUCCUGUUCCGCAAGCCAAAGAACUCGAUAUCGGUAUGCUUGAUAACUGGGAUGACAUUGAAGGUUAUUACAAAGUCAUCCUCGGCGAGUUGCUGAACAGUAGAUACCAUGUUCAGGCAAAUCUCGGAAAAGGUAUGUUUUCGGGGGUCGUUCGAGCUAUGGACGUGACGACGAAGAAGCUGGUUGCUAUCAAACUUAUCAGAAACAAUGAGACAAUGCGAAAAGCUGGCAUGAAGGAGAUCGAGAUUCUUCAAAAGAUCAAUCAAGCAGACCCCGAGGACAAGAAGCACAUGAUUCGUCUUGAGCGACACUUCGAGCAUAAAGGCCACUUGUGCAUGGUCUUUGAGAAUCUCAGCAUCAACCUUCGAGAAGUGCUGAAGAAGUUUGGACGCGAUGUAGGAAUCAACCUUCGAGCUGUUCGAGCUUACGCGCAGCAAAUGUUUCUUGGUUUGAGUUUGAUGCGGAAAUGCAACAUCCUGCAUGCUGAUCUGAAGCCUGACAACAUUCUGGUCAACGAGACUCGCAAUAUGCUAAAGAUUUGCGAUCUUGGAUCAGCUUCGGAUGCAUCCGAAAAUGAAAUUACACCGUAUCUUGUCAGCAGAUUCUAUCGUGCGCCCGAGAUUAUUCUUGGAAUGCCAUAUGACUUCGCGAUCGAUGUUUGGUCUGUCGGCUGCACCCUCUACGAACUUUACACAGGUAAAAUUCUAUUCACAGGCCGCACCAACAACCAAAUGCUCCGAUCAAUCAUGGAUUGCAGGGGUAAAUUCACGACUAAGAUGUUGAAGCGAGCCCAGUUCGCUCACAUCCAUUUCGAUGAGAUGGCCAACUUUAGAAGUGUGGAGCAAGAUAAGCUUACUGGAAAGGACACCAUCAAGACUCUUGCGUUCAGCAAGCCGUCUCGCGAUCUCCGAACGCGCCUCAUGUCUGCAUCGAAGGGCCUCAGUGAUGUAGAAAUUAAGGAGCUAGAACUGUUCAGGGAUCUGCUUGACCGCUGCUUGGCACUCAAUCCCGAGAAGAGGAUCACCCCUGCUGAGGCGUUGAGACAUCCGUUCAUCAUGAAAACCUUGAAGUGAGAUGGUGUUGGUGUCUGCGGAUAGAAGGGAAAGGUGGUCGCCCAUCACAACGGGAGAUAUUUUGGGCGUACAUAGAAUAUGACAUCCUCAAGAGAGCUCGAUUACCCCGAGCGGUUGCAGGAAUACAUAGAUCGUAAUGGCAAUUGUGCUGAAAAGUACUUCCUGUUUGGGAAAAUUCGCGCCCCCUUUCCUGCCAACUUUACUUCAUUUAUUUUCUUUUCUCUUGCCA